AUGGCGAUUCUACUCAAGACAUCCCGACACUCCCUACGUCCCCCAAGACGUCCUGACCCUCCCUACGUCCCCCAAGACGUCCCGACACUCCCUACGUCCCCCAAGACAUCCCGACACUCCCUACGUCCCCCAAGACGUCCUGACACUCCCUACGUCCCCCAAGACGUCCCGACCCUCCCUACGCCCCCCAAGACAUCCCGACACUCCCUACGUCCCCCAAGACGUCCUGACACUCCCUACGUCCCCCAAGACGUCCCGACACUCCCUACGUCCCCCAAGACGUCCCGACACUCCCUACGUCCCCCAAAACAUCCCGACUCUCCCUACGUCCCCCAAGACAUCCCGACACUCCCUACGUCCCCCAAGACAUAG